AUUGCGCAAAUGAGGAAGUGCACCAUGCGGAAGUAACUUCUUGUUUUUGUUGUAUCAGGGCAGAGACUCACACGGCUUUAAACCUAACAUUGUCAGGUCUACCCCAGCAGACAAUGUUUGUUUGUUUUUCCCCCCCUGAAGAUUAAGAAGAAUUAAACAGUAGCAGGUGUCCUUAUACCCACCGCGCCCUCCUCAGCUGAGAACACUGAUUUUUGUAGCCUGGGUGCUGGGCUACGUGGCCUUCCUGCUCUCCAUCAAGAGGAUGUGGACAGGGAAACACAUCCGCAGUCCGCUGGUCCGCUCGCUCUUUAUGAGCAUAGUGACCGAGGGUGACGCGGGAACAGCUGAACAGACGGAGUGGUACCGGUGCUGUCCAGACCUGAUGGGAGAAUCUGUGCGCCCCCUGUUUGUCCAGAGCCACCUGGACACUGACACCAAGGCGUUUCUCAAGCACAGCCAGGAGAAGUCCGGCUGGCUUUUCACACAGCUCUAUCACUCUCUGGUAUCAUCUGUCCUCAGUCCUAUAGUGUCACGCACCUCCAUCAAUGGAUUUCUGGGCCGGGGCUCCAUGUUCGUCUUUUCCGCCGAUCAGUUCCAGCAGUUGCUACAGAUCGGCCCGGACUGGGAGGCCGACAGGCUGCUGGAUCUUGGAGCCGGGGACGGAGGAGUCACAGAGGUCAUGGGAGUCCACUUCAAGCAGGUCUACGCUACUGAGGUCUCGCCACCAAUGAAGUGGCAUCUCCAGAGGAGGAAUUACACACUGCUGGGCAUAGAUGAGUGGCAGCACACUGGUUUCCAGUAUGAUGUAAUCAGCUGCCUGAACCUGCUGGACCGCUGCGACGAUCCUUUGCAUCUCCUGCGGGACAUCAAGAGCUCCCUGGUCCCCAAGACGGGAAGACUCGUCUUGGCUGCUGUGCUUCCCUUCCAACCUUACAUUGAAAUCGGAGGGAAGUGGGAGCGUCCAAAAGAGCACCUUAAAAUCGCGGGAAAGACGUGGGAGGAGCAAGUCACGAAUCUGUGCCGUGAGGUUUUCAAGCGGGCUGGUUUUGAGUUGGAGGCCGUGACCAGACUGCCGUACCUCUGCGAAGGCGACAUGUAUAACGACUACUAUGUACUGGAUGAUGCGGUUUUUGUUCUCAAGGCAUCAGAGGAUUCUGGAGAUUCUCCUCAGUGAGAAUGGAACUGAUUGUCGGGGGAGAUGCGCUCCAAAUGUUUUAGGGGUUUCUUUUUUCUCCAUGGGUGUUAGUGCAGUGUAAAACGUGUCGUCCUUGCAGUCAUCCGUUUCUGACUUGGGUGGAAAUGGGGAGUCGCACGUGAAGCUCAGGUGCUGCGGUAUAGAUCUUUUGGAUCCAGAGAUACCUCAACUAUUUAAGCAAUAAAGGGGAAAAAAAAAGAGAGAGGCUAUUGGGACAGCCACUAAAAAAUUGGUUCUUCUAACAUAUCAUCACUAUGCUGUAAGUGUUGAUCUGUAAAGUCUGGUACUUGUGUUUUGUGUUAAGAUUUAAGUGUUAACUUCACCAGUGAAGACAAACAUCUAUUUUUUUUUUGCUUACUUUUAGUACAUGACAACAGCUGUAAAUACUAAUGGAAAAAGUAAAAUAUUCUUGACAUUUCCUGGUUACCGAGUAAAGGUUCAGCAAAACAACGUGAACUUAUAACACUGCCUUUAGUGCUUUCUAUCAAAUUUACUAGUAAAAACUCUCAAAUUCGCUCGUUUUCAUGCAUAGUCGUGAGCCUACAAAAACGGAGGCGGACUGAAUCGUUUUAGGGCCUGGGGCAAAAUUAAAGACUAGCCCACCAUUUUUUUAUUUUUUUUACAAUUCAGUUUUCUGUUAUUUCUUCUUUGUUGUUGCCUAAGAGCUACUUGCAGUAUCCUGCUGUUUUUAAUGCUGCGAGUGUUUUAUCAUUGCAGUCUUCAACAUUUCUUUGUGUACAAUUUUUUCAGACUCAGUUAGAUCUUGAUUCAUUUUGUCUGAAUGUUGCUUUCUGGGACAAGAUGCUUUUGAUCUUUUUUUCUUGCUCAUGGCUGGAGUGCAUGGUAGCUUAGAUUUCUGCAGUGUUCAUUUUAAAUGGGAAGCCAUUUGGUAUUGAAAGAUGUAAUGUUAUAUUACGCACACAAAGGAAGACGAAGCAGCCAUUAUGGUCUCUGUGUUGCAUUGACUGCCUGUAAAAGGGGGGAAAACACUAAGGUUAGAGAAAACGAAAGAAGUCUAGCUCUGACAUAUGAUGGUGUCAUUGGUUGGUUUUGAAUUUAACAAUGUGGAAUCGAUUUUAUUGUUAUUAUUUUAUUGUGUUUUUUCCCCCAACCAUUUGACAUAAAAUAAGGUUUGUGUUCCAGAUGAUGGUGCCAAAUGACAAUUUAAAAAUGUGCCAUGAUGUUUUUAUGAUUAAAAGUUGUGUUCCUGAAUAAAAACUACACAUUUUUAGAUGA